ACCUAAUAGCGCCGCAUGACACCGCCCACCUCGAUUACCCCUGUGAACCAUAGCACGCGCCUGCUUGUAGCUAGCAGGUAGCCUUUGCUAACUAGCUGUAUCUGCGAGCAGAAGAGAUGGAAAGCGACGAGAGGAUGGAGGUGGAGGGUUGGGAUCCCAGUCUGGAGGAAGAACUGGGCGUUUCUCUGGAUGAGCUGAAGAAGUGGAUUGAAGAGACUGUGGAGCAGAGCGAGAUCGUGCGGAAGAAGAAGGCUGAGCUGACGGAGCUGACGGAUUGGGUGGAGCAAAAAGAGAAAGAGGGGGCAAUAACGGAGGUACUUCUCAAAGACACCAGCAAGUCAAUAUUGGAGUGUGAGAAGCUGGUGAAGGCGACCUACCAAAAGAAUGGUCUUGUUUACCGAGAAAACAGCUCAGACGAUGAGGGUAGUGGAGGAGGGGUGUUGUCCUCUGAGGUCAUUGAAAUAGAUGAUGACGAUGAUGACGAUGUCAUUGCUGUUGGCUGUUUGGUUCCCCCAAAGAAUUCUGGGACUCCUGGCAAAGAUGCGGUGUUAAAAGAGGCGUCUGCAGCUCUGCAGAGAACCUCUCAGCAGGUGCAGAAGUUGGUCCAACUGGUGAACAAGCCUUCAUCAGGUGUUUCUUUGCUGCGACCUCCAGGACAGCUUUCAUCCCAAUCAGGUAUUCAGAGUGCGGUGCCAGCAGUGUUUGUAUCACAGGUCCCAUCUCAGUCCAUAACCCAGCCUAACCCAAACGUGACAGAGGAUGAGCUUCUCGUCGGGAUGACCAUUCUGGGAAAGAAACGCACCAAGACGUGGCACAGAGGCGCCCUCGUCGCUAUCAACCCUGUUGGAAACAGUAUAUUCAAGUAUAAAGUGAAGUUUGAUAAAGGAAAGAGUCUGCUGUCUGGAAAUCAUGUGGCUUUCGAAUAUAACCCCACACUGGAGAGUUUGUAUGUCGGAGCUCGUGUAGUCGCCAAGUACAAGGACGGCAACCUGGUGUGGCUCUAUGCUGGAAUCGUAGCAGAGAUGCCCAACAAUAAGAACCGCAUGAGGUUUUUGAUAUUCUUUGAUGAUGGCUAUGCUUCAUAUGUGAAGCUAACUGAGCUCUACCCUGUCUGUCGACCAUUGAAGCGUACUUGGGAAGACAUAGAGGAUGCAUCGUGUCGAGACUUCAUCGAGGAGUACAUCACUGCUUAUCCCAGCAGACCGAUGGUGCUGUUAAAGGUCAACCAGAUCAUCAAGACAGAGUGGGAGGGAACCUGGUGGAAGAGCAAAGUGGAGGACGUUGAUGGCAGCUUGGUCAAGAUCCUCUUCUUGGAUGAUAAGAGAAGUGAGUGGAUCUAUAGAGGGUCCACCAGGUUGGAGCCAAUGUUCAACCUGAAGAUGACCUCAGCCAACACUCAGGAGAAGAAGCUGGCAGGCCAGCAGAGGACACGACCCAACAUGGGAGCGUUGAGGAGCAAAGGCCCAGUGGUGCAAUACACCAGUGACGGACCUGUUGGAGCCUCUCCUGUCAAAGCUCCACCUGCCACAAUGAGUCCACCUUCACCGGCACCACAACUUCAACAGCGUCCACAACUGCAACAAACCCAACCAACCCAACAAACCCAGCAAAUCCAACUAACCCAACAAACCCAGCAAAUCCAACUAACCCAACAAACCCAACAAACCCAACAAACCCAACAAACCCAGCAAAUCCAACUAACCCAACAAACCCAACAAAUCCGACAAAUCCAACAAAUUCAACCCAUCCAACAAAUUCAACAAAUACAACCAAUUCAACAAAUACAACAAAUACAACAAAUCCGACCAAUCCAACAAAUCCGACCAAUCCAACCAACCCUUCAGUCCCCACAUCUUGCACAGUCUCCACGUGUCGACAAUAAACAUCAGAUGGCAAAGAAGAGCACCUCCCCGUUUGUCCCUGGGGUGGGAGGAACACAUGCCUCCAAAGUCAUGCAGUCACUUUCCCAGAGUCCCAGCAACCUGCCUGCUGGAAGACUAUUGAUUGCUCCAAGUACUCCUACGGCCACGUUCUCACAAGCGUUUCAGAGACAGGUGCUGUCUGUCACUCCCGUCCACCCUCAUAUGAUUCAUGCGGUGGCCAGCAUCCCACAGCAUCCCUCGUACCGUGCCCCGACCGACCGCAUCUUCUACAUGGCUCACACGUGUCAGCCUGCCUGUCUGAAUCGAGUCCGGCCGACGAAACCUGACCUGCACAGUGGAAAGAACCCCCUCCUCAUGCCUUUGUUGUACGAUUUCAGACGAAUGACAGGACGACGCAAAGUCAACCGCAAGAUGUCCUUCCAUGUGAUCUACAAGGCUCCGUGUGGGCUUUGCCUGCGUAACAUGGGAGAGAUCCAACAUUACCUCUUCCAGACAAACUGUGACUUCAUCUUCUUAGAGAUGUUCUGUCUAGACCCCUACGUACUCGUGGACCGUCCUUUCCAGCCACAGAGGCCGUUCUAUUACAUUCCAGACAUCACAGGUGGAAGGGAGGACAUCCCACUGUCCUGCGUCAAUGAGAUCGAUUCCACUCCGCCUCCUAAAGUAGACUACAGUAAAGAACGUAUUCCUGAAGAUGGAGUAUUUAUCAACGCCAGUGCAGACUUCCUGGUUGGAUGCGAUUGCACUGACGGCUGUCGAGACAAAUCCAAAUGCUCCUGCCACCAGCUGACCCUUCAGGCCACAGGUUGUACACCAGGCGGGCAGAUCAACACAAAUGCCGGAUUUUUACACAAACGAUUAGAGGAGUGCCUUCCCACAGGGAUCUACGAGUGUAAUAAGCGGUGCAAGUGUUGUGCUUCGAUGUGCACUAACCGGCUUGUUCAGCACGGCCUGCAGGUGCGUCUCCAGCUCUUCAAGACCCAGAACAAAGGCUGGGGCAUCCGCUGUCUGGACGAUGUGGCCAAGGGCUCUUUUGUCUGCAUCUAUGCUGGUAAAAUCCUGACAGACGACUUUGCCGACAGAGAGGGCCUAGAAAUGGGUGAUGAGUAUUUUGCCAAUCUGGAUCAUAUAGAGAGUGUGGAAAACUUCAAGGAGGGCUAUGAGAGCGAGGCUCAUUGUUCGGACAGCGAGGGAAGCGGUGUGGACGUUUCCAGGAUAAAAAUCCAACCAUCUGCUUUAGCAUCGUCUAACCCCGUGGGGCCCGGGAAGGGAGAGUCCAAAUCCUCAGCCAAAAGCCCGAGCACAUCAGGAGAAAGCAAUGAAGAAGAGGAGAAAGACUCCAAGAGCGAAGAUGAAAGUGACAGUUCGGACGACACGUUUGUAAAGGACAACUACUUCAGCUCCAGCUCCGUGUGGAGGAGUUACACAACACGUGGUCAGGUCAAGGGCAACAAGGAUGGGAGUCAAGACAGUAAAGAUGAAUUGAGUGCGUCAGUCAAAGGAACCGAUGAACAGCAGCCACCGUCCAUGCCCGAGGAGACGGGGAAAAGCAAAGUAGCUUCGUGGCUGACGAGCCAGGAAGCUACUAAGAAGGAAUCCGGAGACAACAAGAGUCAAGUGAAAGCAGAAGCGGGGAAGAAGCAGGAUGUGAUGACUCUGUCAGACAGCGACGAUGUGCAGACCAUCAGCUCUGGAUCUGAAGACAACAAAGAGAGAGAGAAAGUAACUCCAGGUGUGGUCAAGAAGCAGGUGGCAGUUAAAUCCACCCGUGGCAUCGCCCUGAAGACUGGCCACGGUAUGAUGGUGAAAACAGGUCCACCUGGAGGCGGGGGAGGCUCAGGGGGUCAGGCAGGAAAGACAGGGCAGCAGGGACCGACUGGAGGAGGCGGGGACAACUCUCACAGAAACACGCGCCUGUUCUUCGAUGGUGAGGAGUCGUGCUACAUCAUUGAUGCCAAGUUGGAGGGAAACCUUGGGCGAUACCUCAACCACAGCUGUAGUCCAAACCUCUUUGUCCAGAACGUGUUUGUGGACACACAUGAUUUGCGAUUCCCGUGGGUGGCGUUCUUUGCCAGCAAGCGGAUCCGGGCCGGGACAGAACUGACCUGGGAUUACAACUACGAGGUCGGCAGUGUGGAGGGUAAAGUUCUGCUCUGCUGCUGUGGAUCCACUGAGUGCCGAGGGAGGUUGCUUUAAUCUGAAAACCAUUAAGGACUUCCCUCCCACUGCUGCAUCUGUAGAAAACUUUUAGGAUCCUCUUCAACGCUGUACAUUUGUGUUUGUUCGUUUUUUUAAAGCUGAUUUCUGAAUUUUAAUACAUCUGUAUGUUCUUUAUUUUAUAUAAAUGUGCAUUCAGAUAUUUCUCAUUUUACCCAUGACAUGUUUGUUUAACCCCUGAAUAAAA